GCUAAGCUUGAUUGGUGCUCAACUUUACCGGCCCCAUCAUCGCGAAAUUUCACCCACACAAUUUCUGCCCGCACAAUUUCGCAAGCAACAUUCAAAAUCCAAUAAUUUGCAUUCUCCCAGCAUUUUCAUCUUCCUACCAAACACACAAUCUUCCUAUCACUCAGCCAAGAUGCCUCAGGAAAUCGCAGAUAUCAAGAAGUUCAUCGAGAUCUGCCGGCGGGACGACGCCAAGUCCGCCCGGAUUAAGAAGAACAAGAAGUCGUCGCAGACCAAGUUCAAGGUCCGAUGCUCCAAGCAUCUCUACACCCUGAUCCUAAAGGACUCCGACAAGGCCGAGAAGCUGAAGCAGAGCUUACCUCCUAACUUGCAGAUUAAGGAUGUGCCCAAGAAAAACAAGAAGGGAAAGCAUACUGCGUAAAUUUCUAGCUAGUCUUCCGAGGAAACAAUAAAUACCGAUAUCACUUGGGGAAGUGUGAGGAUGAUGUAUGACUUGGCAUCCACUGAAAGUCCUUUAUCGAGAACCGAAGUCGAGAACUGAUGAGGUGAUGCAUAUGUUCUUUGGGGCUGGGCUGGCAUGUCAUGUUCAUGAGGCGGCGUCUAAGGAUACCAUCAGAAUUGAUAUUUCUCAAGCACGAAUAGCUUGCAGAUAAUUCACAACGAUUACACAAAGUACUCU